CUCUUACCUAGCCGCCUCCCCUCUCCUCCCGGCAGCUCCAUGUAUUACGAUGAGGACGGGGAUCUCGCCCACGAGUUCUACGAGGAGACAAUCGUUACCAAGAAUGGGAGGAAGCGUGCCAAGCUGAAGAGGAUCCACAAGAACCUGAUACCUCAGGGCAUAGUGAAACUAGAGCACCCUCGCAUUCACGUAGAUUUCCCGGUGAUCAUCUGCGAGGUGUGAGUCACCAGACGUUGCUGCCCGCGGGCGGGAGGCCCUUCCCCAGCGCCCCCAUCCUCACCAAGCGAGGCUGUGUCGUGUUCCCACCCGAGGAGGACUCUGGGCGCGUGGCAGGGACGGCGGCUCUCCCCUCGCCCGGAGCUGAGGCAGGACGGAGCAGGCUGGGCUGGGCUUGGCUAGCGCUCCUCGCAGGAGAUGGGUGACCUUGUGCAACGACUGCUUAAAAACAUCCUCGCUUGAGUCAGAAGACUAAAAUACCUUUUGUAGCCUCUAGCUGAUGUUGGAUGGGUAACUGGAACUGCAAAUGAGCUGCUGUGUUUGAGCUGUUAAAGGGAGAGCAAGCCUGCACUUCUCACCAGAGAAAAUCCCCUGCUUCUCAGGUAUGUGGCCCAGGGAGAGCCAGGGCAAGGUAACGCACUGCCCGGGGCCCCGAGAUCCCUUGGGCCCGGUGGUUAGAUGGCCAGUGUUGCAGCGUGUCGCUUGACAUGGGUGUUCUGUGAUGCUCCCCUGGAUGGGUCUGUUGAUGGAGGAUAAACGGGGCAGGCCGAGGAGGGGCCGGUCUUGGAGCACAUCUGGCUGGCUGCUGCGCUCUUUUUGGGAAGGGGAUGGAGAUCAGAUGCUGUUAUCUUGGACCUUGGUCUCUUCCCCCUGUGCGUUUCCCCACUUAUGCCAGCUCUGGGGAGGUUGGCUUCACUGCUGCCUGCAGUCCCUCUGCCCGCAGAUCUCUGCGGUCUGUGGCCGCUGCUGGCAGUGGCGAGGUCCCCAGCUCUGCAGCAGACUUACCUCCUCUGUUAGCAAGGUGGCUCCGGCUGAGCACCAUCCCUCGCCUGUCAUGGGGCCGGGCUGCUGGGCAGGGCACCUCCUCGGAAUGUCCUCACCCCUGCUGCCUUCUUGAACGUACCUCCCAAUGUGGGGGGCUUUGACAGAGCCAAGCGGGAAGGAAAUCAUUUCUUUCCUCCCCAACCCCUGAAAACAAUCAGUCGGUGGGCCUGCCCUGACUUGGAAAUCUCCCUGGCGAUGUGAACUGCGGUUCCUCCCGUGUCCCAUCUGGCAGCAGGAGGAGGAAUGUGAUGCACUUUAAAGGGAGGCUUUCUGCUUUGUCUCGGAAGGCCCUGCUCGAGUUUUCUCUUCUUUCCUCCCACUUGAGAAGGUCGAGCUCAUCUUGGCAGCACUGAAAAACCUCUCACCCCUCUGUGCGGGCCCCGGGGCACUGAGCCAGCUGCUGCAGGGCCAGGGAAAGGCCUGACCCGUACAACCCCUCGCCAGCACUGGGAGCCACUGCCUCCCUGCUCGGCUGCCCUGGGCUGGGUGGGUGGAGGAGGACCGGCAGUGAGGCAGUGGGCGCAGCUUUAAACUGGGUCAGAGCCUGCUUCCCACAGCAGCCGGCUCGGCUUUCCUCCUCUUUUGUUCCAGAACUUACUUACUUCCUAAGCACUUCAGAUGUUCGCUACCUCGAUUUUUAAUUUAAGCUGCUGGCACUUGGCUGCCAGCCCUGUCGGCGUCUACGUUGGAUGUAUCCAUCCCCGCGCCCGCCGAGAGCCGCCCGGGCGUGGGGCCACAUUCCCGGCUUUGGGGAGAUAACAACAGCGUGGCUGUUGCCGUCUUCCUGUCACCACCUCUUCCCUCCGUGUCCCUCCACCCGCUGUUCCUAUCGGCAGGAGCGAGCACGGAGGGUGAAGCACGGAGGCGGGUGACACGGCCAUGCUGGCUGCCACCAGGCCGGGAAGCAGGAGCGCAGGGCUCCGGCAGGGACCUCGUCUACACUGUGAUGCUGGGCACUGCUUUCAACAUCUUUUGUUCUCCUGCUUGCUUGAAAGAGUCUUGUCUUAAAACAAUCCUCCACUGAAGUGUUUCUUAUUCUCACCACCUGCUUUCGAGUUUCUCCCGGGCCAGAUCUCCCUGGGAAGGGCAUCCCUUGGGCUCUGCAGGAUUGCAGGAGCUGCUGUCCCCAGGAAGAGGAGAGAAAGCCGUGGCCGGGCUGCCUGUGCCGCCUUGCCCCACUGCUGUCCGAGGGCGUGGGAAGGUGCACCGAACCGACUGCGGGUAUGGGGGAAGGUGGAGGAGGAGCGGGGAGGGGACCCGGGCCUUUGCCUGCCCUGACAGGGAGCCCCUCGCCUGGCUACCCGCCAAAAAUCUGCUGACAAGGCAGAGCCUGAACCCCGGGGUGGGCAGAAACAGAGACCGGCUUAGCAAGGAUGCUUUUGUCCUCCCUGACAAGCUGCCCACCCUUCCCCCAGGGCAUCAAAUAUGCUUCCACCCCC